AUGAAGAUUGGUAUACUGCAUCUACAUUUUAUACCUGUCAGUCUGUAUGUCUCUGAUGUCAGCCUCUUUGUACUCAGUCCUGGUGUAAACGAGCAUGUGCUAGAAACAGGAACCUUUCUUUCUAUCAAUUUUACUGCUCAAUAUGACAACUGCACUCCUAAUCAGGUUGAGCGUGCAUUUCACCGCAGUCCGGCCUAA